CGGAGCGUUCCCACGGAAGGCCCAUCCCCACUGCCUGCCCUCUGUCGGCAGGAACGGACGGUAUAUAAGGACAGGCGGGAGUAGACCCACCAGCAUUGCCGCUUUGAUUUUCGUAGCGAGUUGGUCGCACUCUGCUUGCUUGCACGAGAAUUGGCAUUCGUUGGAGGGUAGAUUUUUUUAAAACCUGAAAGGGUGCCAAGACAGACAGUUCGAGAGGAGAACUUUUCUUCGAGUUUUACGAUAACACGGGGUUAUAAACUUCACAGCUGAGAUUUGUGUAGUUUUUUUUUUUUUAACGAUUUGUGCCAUCAUUUUGUGUGUGAUCAAGUGAUUGGGAUUUACGAGAUGCAGAUGCACGAGCAAAUCAUGGUCGAUGGGCAGGAGCAACCCAUCUCAAGGACCUAUCAGUAUAGAAAGGUAAUGAAGCCAAUGCUUGAGAGAAAAAGGCGAGCAAGGAUCAACCGGUGUCUGGACGAGUUAAAGGACCUGAUGGUAACGGCGCUCGCUGGUGACGGCGAGAACGUCGCGAAGCUCGAGAAGGCCGACAUCCUCGAGUUGACCGUGCGCCAUCUUCACAAGCUCCAGCGGCAGCAACGACUCUCGGCUAAUCCAGUCAUUGACUCCGACCGAUUCCGUGCUGGAUAUACCCAUUGCGCGAACGAAGUUAGCCGAUGCCUCGCGGCGACGCCUGGCGUCGACGUCGCCCUGGGUACCAAGCUGAUGACCCACCUUGGUCACAAGCUGAACUCCAUGGACAAAACGGGGCCACUGACCAUUCAUGUGGCAGCGCCGCAGACCUCGCCGAACUCAACGACCUCUGACCUCAGUGACGAGUACCCCAUGCCCCUGACGCCGGCGUCCAGUCAGCCAUCUCCAGUCAGAACGGAUCUGGAAGGAUCGUCCCAAGAGCACCAGGGACUCCUGCAAGUGGCCAAGCCUGACGAAGCUGUAUGGCGACCUUGGUAGAUCCUUGCCAUCGCUGAGGUCAGAUUACUGUGACCUUGAAAUGUGCAAGAGGCUCCUAUGGUACAGGAACACCAAUUGCCAAUUGGUAUUUCCAAGGGAUCUGAUCAGGUUGGAAUCCUCCAAUCCCCACGAGCACCAAUCAUCGUGGGAUCCGUUGAAGAGCAUUGGGGUACGAAAUGAUAUCCAAGGUCGACGUGGAUGAUUAUGAUGGAGGAUGAUCAGAGGGCAGGAAGAAGCCAGUUGAACAAGAUGAAGAUAUUUACACUGUGAUCCGGGCGAGUUCCAAAUAUCUAGACUGAAUAGACUCAUCAGCUGGAUGAUGCGUGGAUGUCGGGAAUGGAGAAGGGAUUGCGCGUGAAAUGCAGUAGCGGAGUUUGAUGAAGAAACAAACGAGGGAAACUCCAACUGUCAGGAGUGACUAGUGAGAAUCAAAAAUGAAAGAGAAAAGGCUCGCAUUCGCAAAAAUCAUUUGAAUCGACUGACAGGACAGUCGGGAGUUUUCUUUUUGGCGGGGUCUGAUCUCAAAUUCGAAAUUCCACAAGACUGUGCAAAAACCUUUUAGAAAACAAAAAUUUUAAUUUUGAGAUGAAGGGUCUCUUCUUAUCAGUUACGAUAAAAUGCAAUAACGUUAAAAGAUUCUACUUGCUCAAUACAGCGACUGGCUCCAUCUGCGUUAUUGACGUUACGAAUGUUUUGUUUUAUUCCUACUACUAUCACUACUACUACUACUAUUAUUACUAUAACUACUACUAAAUACUACUGAUAUAUUAUUAUUAUUACUACCAUGCGAACUGGGUUUUUAGUUUCUUCGCAAAUCUGGAAACGAUGAAUUCGCAGACUGUCUUUGGUGCAUUGUCGUAAAAAAAUCAUGUUUGGUCGAAAAGUGAUUUAUGGAGUUUCCGGAAUUGCGAAAGAAUUAGAGAUAAUUCCAUAACUGGCCAAGUUGAUGGAUUCUUGGCGAAGCUUUAAUUUACUUGACAGUUAGAUGUUUUCUAUUGUUUAUUUCAUACUUUUAUCGAUUUUUUUUUUAUAUUUCGGUUUCUCGAACAAAGAACUCAAGUUCAAUUAAAAUAAUUAACAUUGCAACUUGAGUUCUCUGAUUGGAAACGUUGUUAUACCUCUUCCCGGCCAAUGUACGUUUCUUUAAUUAAUUUUCGAGAAACUUUUGAUAACGGUACAACUUGACCUGCCGACAACUGUCAAUUAAGUAAAUAACAAUUUCGUAAAAAAUUGUUUGAAAAAAAAAACUUAAAAAAAAUUGUAUCUCAAAAUGUAAAAUAAUUAUUAACGGCCGCGCGGAGGUUCUUGUGAUAGAGAAACGUGUACCUGUGAUAUUUACUGUAGUAACUCUAGAAAAUGAUACUAGAUUUUUAAUAAACUUGAAUUGACCAAUUUA